UGGUCUAGUGUGCGUUAAGCGUUAGGAGCUGUGUGUGAAACGAAACGUAUCCGAGCAGUCGUAAGCACAUCUGUCAACCUUGCUAAACAUCGACUAUUAUUUUUAAAAUAGUUGGGUUUAUUCCAGUAAAUCCGGUGGGAUUAAAUAAUAAGAACUAGGACAUUUUUAUAGAAUACUGCUAAAUUGUUUGAAGAACGACGCUAUGUGGUGGUGUAAUUGAUUUAUUUGUGCUAUCAUCUGUCAGAAUUAAAAUUUAAAUCAUUUGAAUACUGAAGUGUUAGAUGCUCAGAUGUUUGUUGAAUUGAGUGCUCAUUAUUAAUCUCAGCGGUCCGCCCGACUGCUGCAGUGCAGUAUUUUCUAUUGUUACCGAGAAGAGUAUAGUGGUAAAGGGAAUCGAACAUGUCUAAGGUGUCCCUUAGUAAUAUCCCAUCAAAUCCUCGUAUUAAUCGUUUGAGAACUUUUUCAAGGACGGAAAGUGAGACAUCAUGCGAAGAAGCAGCGCGUCUUACGGCCGAGGGUGCAGCAGACGAUGAUGAUGAGGCCUACGAUUACGGGGAGCUUCCCCCGCCGCCUGAUGGUGGCUACGGUUGGGUGGUGGUGUUCGCAUCCUUUAUGUGCAACCUUGUGGUUGACGGCAUUGCGUACACAUUUGGAAUAUUUCUGCCGGAGUUGGUCACUUAUUUCGGAGAAGGCAAAGGAACCGUGGCGUGGGUGGGAAGUUUGCUGUCUGGGGUGUAUCUCGCAGCGGGUCCUGUGGUGUCGGCGCUAUGCAACAAGUAUGGUUGCCGAGCAGUAUGCGUGGCGGGCUCUCUUAUAGCCGCCACGGCGUUCGUGCUGUCCACCUUCAGCAAGAGCGUCACUAUGAUGAUGAUCACCUACGGAAUCAUUGGAGGUAUGGGUUUCGGCAUGAUCUACCUGCCGUCAGUAGUAGCGGUAGGCUACUACUUCGAGACCCGUCGCUCCUUAGCCACUGGCAUUGCAGUAUGUGGCUCUGGCGUAGGCACUUUCAGCUUCGCCCCUCUCGCUGCAAUUCUUCUGAACGAGUUCGGCUCAUGGCAGAACGCGAAUUUGUUGCUUGCGGGGUUAAUAUUAAAUUGUGCCGUGUUUGGCGCGUUGAUGAGACCUCUGGUGUAUCCAAAAACAUCCGGUGAAAAGCCUUUAUUGCAACGCAUGGCAGAGGAAAAGAGGCUACAAAUGGAGCGAGGAUCAAUAGGAGGGUCUUACUUCGUUGUACAUUUACCAGAUGGCACUAUGGAGAAAAGAUUGAAGCAGGCGCCCCUGAACAUAGAUCCGGGUGUUCACUCGUCGCUGAACUUGGAAGCGUUGGCACGCGUGCCGACCAUCCCCAACAUGCCAGGCGUGCCAACAGUGCCAACUCUUCCCACCAUCACUGAGGCAAGGGUCCCCGAUGACAGUGAGCUCAAGAAAAAGAGUGAAAACGGCUCAGCAGUGAACGCGGCAAACGCGCAACACAUGUCUCGCAACGUGUCUUCGCCCGCCUUUAGCGCGCACGCUCCUGGCCUGCCCAAGAACGGCUCCGUGCCAUUCUUCGACAAUCAACGGAAGCACAGCGUCGUCGAGAGGUCAGCCAACGCUAACGAUGGAUUUAAACCGUCCUUAGCUGCAAUUAAAGCAACGUCCAAAACUUCCAUUAGCACCCAUUACCGUGAUGGUGAAGAAGGAGUUUAUAAUUCGAAACUAUCUGUGGCGGCGCCGCGCGAAAGUUCACGCAUAGUUCGCCCGAUGUCCCGUAAAGACAUCUUCUAUUCCGGCUCAGUGAUAAAUCUGCCGCAGUAUCAGAGUCAAAAGUCGCUUCAGGGCUACAGAAACUCUGUUCUGAGUUUGCCACAGAGCAGGCAGACCGGUGAUCUGGAAAGACAAGAACAGUACGACCUAUGCCCGUGUCUAUCUCUACCCGCUUCCUUCAAAUCAGCAUUGUCGUCCAUGCUUGACGUGAGCCUCUUACGAGACCCGGCGUUCAUGCUGAUCGGUGUAUCCAACGUGUUCGGUAUGGCCGGUCUUUACGUGCCUUUCGUGUAUAUUGUGGAUGCAGCUCAUCUCAACGGCGUGGAACAAUCUCAAGCGUCGUUCCUAUUGUCUAUCAUCGGGAUCACGAAUACGUUCGGCCGUAUUGCCUGCGGCUGGGUAGCGGACUUCCCCUGGAUGGACUCCCUUCUACUCAAUAAUAUCUGCCUCGUUAUCGCUACGAUCUCCGUGGCUCUUACACCCUUCUGUUACUCCUACGCAACGUAUGUUUGUGUCGCUAUUGCUUUCGGACUUGCUAUUUCUGGCUACAUCUCAUUAACAUCGAUCAUCCUUGUGGAUCUACUUGGGCUGGACAAGUUGACCAAUGCGUUUGGACUCCUCAUACUGUUCCGUGGCGCGGCCGCUAUAAUCGGAUCCCCGUUGGCCGGCGCGGUUUACGAUGCCACGAAGAAUUACGACGCGUCCUUUUACAUGGCUGCUGCUUUCUUCUUGGCAUCGACACUAACUUCGUUUGCAGCUCCCAUGUUCCGCAGAAAACCAGAGGAAAUCCAGCAGCCAUUGGACGUGUUAACACCCAUCGACGAAGAUCUAGAGGAGGGUGAGGAAGAGGAUCCCGACGACACACCCAUCACGAUGGGCGCGCACCUCGCGUCCCGCCCGCCGGCUAUCACCCGCACGGCCGCGUCACCCUCAGACCCACCCACCCCCAGCCCCCCUGAGCUCUCCCAGCGAGAGAGCGUGCUGUCAUUUUAAUUGAAGUGUUGGAAGAUGGAACAUAAGAAGUAGUAGAAUAUUUAGUUUGGUGACAACAUGCGGUAAUAAAGAAGCUAUUGGUCAUAGUUUUCAUUGAUAAAGAACUGAACUGUAGCAACAUUUCCCAUAGUUGGA